GGUGAAAUCAUGGAACAGUGCUGAACCUUCCCAGGAGUGGCUGACCAACCAAAAUUACCCCAGGAGCGCAGCAACAACUCAUCCAAGAGGUCACAAAAGACCAGACAACAACAUCUGAAGAACUGCAGGCCUCACCUGCCUCAGUUAAGAUGGUGACUGAUGGGCCGCUGAGGGGUUAAGAGACAGCUCAAAGGUGCCAGGAGAGAUUGAAGGACAAGAGGACGAAUUGGGUCAGGGGUGUGAGACAUCUGACGGGAACCGGACAGGAGAGACACCAAACGCGCGUAUGCCUCCUUGUUGGCAAGCAGACAUGACUCUUCAACUUGGAUCCAAAAGUAACUACGAUCACAUGCAACCAAGUUAAGUAAGGAUUUGCUGUACAAGUAUCCGGCAUUCAUUUAUAUAAAGGGUGUAACGAGACAAGACUUGACUUUUCUUCUGAGGCCUCCAGAAGCAGCCCUAAUCGAAGCGGAUUUCACCCACAGCCUAGAAAAGAAGGCCGGGACCGCAUCGCUCGCCUUCCUGCGUGCACGUCCAGGUAGCAAGAGCUACCCCGCCACAUCGCGUCAACUCAAGGAGCCGAACGUGCCUUUGUCGAGCGGUUUGGCUGGGCCAGCUAUAAGCUCUUCCCCACAGCUACGGAGGUUUGCUGCAAGCUAACCCUUUGUUUACCCACAUGUGGAUGUGUCCGUCUACGCCCAGGUCAACUGCUCCUCAGCACGGUUUACAUAAAAGGUAGUGUUUGGGCAGAGAAGAUUAGAGGCUCGUUCCCAACCCGAUCCAUGGCCAUGCUGUCAGUGCAGAUUGCAACUCAAGAGGAGGGUGAAUGCCUCUAAAACAUCAAGGUACAUUUCACUUGGAGGAGACCCAGAGGCAGACCCACAGCUCACUGGGGGGACUACCCAUUUAUUCUGGCCUAGGAAUACCUCAGGGUCCCCCAGGAGGAGCUGGAGAGUGUGAAUGGGCAGAGGGAUGUUUGGGACUCCUCCUUUGACCAUAAAUGGAAUAUCACAGACAAUAAUACAUGAAAGACAAUUCUGAGGCUGUGAGCCCUGUGCAAGGUGAUGAUGAGCAGUCAGGGCAGCAGCAAAAAGGGAAGUGGCCAGCAUGCUGACACUCCUCCUCUCCGUCCUGCACCAGGGCCCAGGCUGCAGGUGCAGCGUUCCCACUCUCGCGACACUAUCACCAUUCACUUCUCUGCUCUGGGAAAAGAGGAGGAGGAUGAAGAAGAAGAGCUCUAUGGGUUAUCUGUUGGAUGUCCUGCUGCUAAGUCUGUUCUUGAUGGUGCUGCAGGACCUGAAAGCCAAAUCACCGAUGACCAAUGUGUUGCUAAAGACUUGGAAGCAAAAGAGGAGCUAGGGUUGGAAUCUGUCCAUGUGGAGAUCUCCUCUAGAGGAGCUCCACUGCCUGUUUCAUCCACUAUCCUGCCAUCACAGCUGUUGGGCUCACAUCCACACACAUCCUCCCUUGCAAUGACUGUUAACCCUGUUUUAGCCCACUCCCACCUGAGCUCCACUCCUCCCGUCAGCUCCUCCUGGCCAUCUGAUCGACCAGCCCAACCCCCUUUAAUUAGUUCCAGUUCUUCUUCCCCUUGUAGGUCUGCAGCCCUUUCCUCUUCCAAGCCUUUUCUCAGCCUUGUUAGAUCUUUGUCAAACGAUGUCGACUCUCGAGAAACUGCUCCUGUAAUUGCCACUGUCACACCCCCACACGCCCGACACAGACACUUAAUGAAAUCUUUUGUUAAGUCUCUCUCCACGGACACUUCAAAGGGCGAACAUCACGAAGGGCCUGUUCAGCACCAUCCCCAGCACCAGCAAAUACAGCCAACCCACCGCACUCCACCUCGCAACAUGCAGCUGUUCAAGCAGUUUUCCCAGCCUCGUUUGUCUUCCUGCCCUGUUGCAGUCACUCAAACAGGUGGAGACUCCAAAACAGCCCCCUCUUCUCCUAUUAUGUCCCCAGAUGGGAGAUCCUUCUUUAAGGUCCAGGAGGUGGAAGCCAGGAUUGAGGACACCAAGAGGCGGUUGUCAGAAGUGAUGUCAGAUCCCUUGCAGCUGUUUAGUAAGAUUAUUGGGGAUGAGUCUGUUGUAGGAGCUGCUGGGAGUGCAGCUCAUCGGCCUAAAUCCCUCUCCUCCAGUGCAUCGGAGCUCAGUGGAGUAACUGCGGUAAAUGGACACACAGAAACUAACAACUAUAGCAUCAAAGAAGAAGGAGCUGAAGGGGAAGAAGAGGAGGAGACUCCUACGGAAAAGGGCCCCGACUCAUCUUUUUCCUUUUUCCCAUCACUAUCACUCGCGGCAGGUCUUACUCAGGCCUCGUCAUCUACUCUCCACAGGUCUCCUUCUCUCACUCUGGGACGCUGCUCCAUGUCAGCCCUCGUUGCUCGACAGGAAGAUGAGGACUUCUGUGAACUGUACACAGAGGACUUCGAGUUGUGUAUGGAUACAGAGACACCAGAUGGGGAACGAUCCAUGUCCCAGCAGCCCUAUACUGGUAGCACUGGUUUGGGCAGUGAACUGGAUGCAGAGGAUGAGAGACUGGAGGAAGAAGUGGACAAUGUGCCUGUGACUGGCCUCAUCUUCUUAACACAGUUGUUGUAUUGGUACUUAGUUCUUCCAGUGCCUCCAUGUUUAUGUUCUGUGUUGCAUGGGAUAAUAGUUGGGUUCAUGCUGGCCCUGCUGGUCCUUUGGCUGUCUGCUCCUCGAUGCUCCUCAUCAGGGACCAGAACAGGGAGAUGGAGAAAAGACCAGCGAAAUGUUCCCCAGCUGGAUGUCAAAGAACCAGGAAUAUUCAAGGGCUGGAUGAAUGAGAUCCACAGCUACGACCCAGAGAUGUACCACGCCACCCUGACCCACUCUGUUUACGUUCGCUUAGAGGGCUCUGUCCUGCGUCUGUCCAAGCCCAAUAGGAACAUCUCCCGCCGUGCCGCACACAACGAGCCUAAACCUGACGUCACUUACAUCAGCCAGAAGAUUUACGAUCUGACCGACAGCAGGAUCUACCUGAUGCCCCAAAGCUUGGCUAGGAAGAGAGUUUGGAACAAGAAGUACCCCAUUUGCAUUGAACUGGCCAAGCAGGAGGACUUCAUGUCUAAGGCGGAGGGGGAAAGAUCUGAUACCGGGGAGGAGAGGACUACUGGGCUGGGUGAGAAGUUUGAACGAAUGGACAAAGCUGAAAGAGCCGAAGGUUACACAUCUGUGGAGGAGCAGAGAAGACCGGCCACUGGAGGAGGAGAUCUGACAAUCUACUUGUUUGGGAGGACCGGUCGAGAAAAGGAGGAAUGGUUUCGGAGAUUUCUUCAGGCAUCCCAGAAUAAGUCAGAGGGGAGAGGCAGCAGCCUGUCUGGCAUCUGCAAGAGUGCCUUCUUGUCUACUCACAGCCGCAGUGGCAGCAUCCAGUCGGGCGGAGGUCCAGAGGCUGACAGCAGGGGCAGCAGCAGGGGAAGCCAGGAGGAGCUGUUUCAGCCUCGGCACAAAGAGACCCCCGCCUCUCUCUCUAGUGGCUCAGCUGGAGGAAUUAAGCAGAAGAUGCUGUUGGACUAUAAUGUCUACAUGGCCCAAUACGUUAACCCCCAGGCCCCGCCCGGAAGCCCGUCCGCUGCGGACAGCCCAGGGCACAGUCCUGAUAGCAGCCCCAAAACUACCAAAAAGUUACCCAGGAGUUCAGAGGAAGCUGCAGAGCCGGAGGCCUGGGUCAAUGCCUUUCUAGGAAGGAUAUUCUGGGAUUUCUUGCGCGAGAAGUACUGGGCCAGUGUUGUCUCCAAAAAGAUCCAAAUGAAGCUCAGUAAAAUCAGGCUGCCAUAUGUAAUGAAUGAGCUGACUUUGACGGAGCUGGAUAUGGGAUUCUCGGUUCCUAAGAUCCUCCAUGCCUCCAAACCCUCAGUGGACCACCAAGGUCUUUGGUUUGAUCUGGAAGUCUCCUAUACAGGCUCCUUCCUUAUGACACUAGAAACCAAGUUGAACCUGGUCCGCCUGGGAAAAGAAGGCGAAGGUCUGGGAGAGCAUGGGAAAGAAUGGCCCAGGCCACGGACGUACUGUCUGGCCGACAGUGAUGAGGAGUCAUCCAGUGCUGGCUCAUCAGAUGAGGAGGAUCCCCCUGAACUGCUCAGUGACAAACCUAAUCUGCCUGCAUCAGAGGGCUACGUAGGAGGCCACAGACCCAGCAAGAUCAUGCGCUUUGUGGACAAGAUCGCCAAGUCCAAGUACUUCCAAAAGGCAACCGAGACAGAGUUUAUCAAAAAGAAGAUGGAGGAGGUGUCUAACACGCCCAUCCUGCUCACCGUGGAGGUGCAGGAGUGCAAGGGGACGCUGGCUGUCAACAUACCACCUCCCCCUACGGACAGGAUAUGGUACGGUUUCCGGAGUCCUCCCCAUCUGGAGCUGAAAGCACGACCCAAACUGGGUGAGAGGGAGGUCACUCUAGUUCAUGUAACAGAGUGGAUCGAGAAGAAGUUGAAUCAGGAGUUCCAGAAAAUAUUUGUAAUGCCAAACAUGGAUGACAUAUGGCUACCCAUAAUGCACUCUGCCAUGGAUAUGCGCUCAAAUGCCAACUUGACUGUGACAAAUGAUGCCUUGAAGGAUUCAUGGCCGGAAGAGUCCGAGGGCUCCGAUGUGUGAGAGGUGCUGUUGAAAAUGUGCGACGGAGGGCAUUUUAUGACACGGCAAUACAAGAAGACGCCCAAAACAUCUGCAGCCGCAGCCCCAGCCAGGUCUAUGGUCAUUUUCUCUGUAUUUCUGUUCCAUUGUGUCAGUAGCAUCCAAAAAUCUGGAACAUACAAGCAAGGUGGUAAACUCUCUCUUUUUUAUAAGUCAAUCAAAGCAGAAGGAUGAAAGAGAAAUGUGACUCAGAUUUUACUUUUUCUUAUAUUUAUCUGACAUCCUAUAUUGGUUCAUUCUGAUGAAACGCGGGACAUGGGUCAAGAUAAAAUACAGCAACCUCCACAAUUACUGGCGUAAAGGAAUCUCGUAAACUGAGCAAAAAGCAUUAAAAUAAAUUUAAUCAUUACUACAGUUAUAUAAUCUUACAAUAAAAACAUUCAGAAAAAUCCAACCCUUAAUUUGAGUGCAUUUAUUUGGUGUGGCUGAAAAAAUCCCACAGAAUCACUGGUGCUUCAGUUAAUGACACUUCCUUUAAAAAAAGCAAGUUAAAAAUGUUUUGUGUUAUAUUAUAAUUAUUUAAGUUGAUAAGUAUUUACAAACAUUUAGUGAAGACUCCAAGAGUUCUGGUUUUCCUGUGAUAUAAAUAUGACACAAAAGAGGUCUAUGUAUUUUAACCACUUUUCAAAAUGGGAAAGACAAGAAAACACGACUUUUAUGUAGGACAGGUAUGUGUUGAUCUUCAUAACUGGCUACAAGAAAAUAGCAAUAAGAUCUUGACCACCGUAAGCAGGAUUGUGGGAGAGGUAAAAAAAAAUCUCUAAAGUUGUUAGAAAACUGCAACAAAUAGUGGCAUGUUGGGGUCACCAAGGCUCUGUAACAGCCAUGAGACGCCAUUUAGAUGUCUGAAGAAUGCUUUUCUUUUUCACUCCAGGUGGGUUUGGCAUAAACAAAGGAAACAAAUCUGGUAAGGCACCUCAUAUCCACCGUUAAGCAAGGGGGAGGAAAAGUAAUGCUGUGGGCCAGUUUCUCUUCCAAAGGUCCUUGAAACUGGAAAUAGAUUUUCUAUAAAACUCUGGUAUAUCUCCCAGAAAACUGAUAAUCGGUUGUUACUGAGCCUUUCAUUGGGUCUUUCAGCAAGAUAAUGAUCCCAGACCUAAGUCCUACUGGAGGCCUGAGGUGGAGCCGAGGGCAAGAGAACAUAAGAGUGGACCUAGGACUCCAACAAUCUAAAGAGAUUUUUCAAAAUGAAACUUCAAAGACCCUUCUUUAGCUAUGCUCUAAACUUGUUAAAAGCUUUAGGUGAAGACCAAGUCAUGUCCUAUAGGCUAAAAUAGGUUGUGCACUUUAUUAACAGCAGAGCUGGACAUUAGUUUACCUAGAGACACUUAUUUUGCCCCACACCACACCACAAAUGUGCUUAAAUUAACUGCAGCUUUUUACUUUAGAGUGAUAUUGUGAUAAUGCAAUAAAACAUAAAAUUAUUAAAUGGCUUUUUACAUCCUUACCACUACGUCUGGAGGGCACUGUAACUCAACAAACAGCCAUGCUGAGUCAGCAAGAGGAACCAUAAUACCUGUGAUGUGUUGCUGUGCCUGACAUGAUAGUUGGAAAGUGUUAGCUUUGUCUGUGAAGUUGCUGAAAGUGUCUUAUUGUUGCUGUUAUGAGGAUUAGUUAGAACUGUGGCCAUUGAUGGAGACCGAGGGUUAAAAAAAACAACCAAAUCCCAGUUUGGUGAUCCAUGUGCUAAAAGCCCAUCACCUAUCAAGCAUCCAGUCGAUCUCGAAAGUGCACAAAAAAAAGUUUGUCAUAUAAAAAAUAUGUCACCUUUUAUGUAACAUUAAUCCUGCACAAUUCAACUGAAAAGCCGUCACAUUUUCUGAGAGGCAAAAUGUAAAAAAUAAAAAAGGUGCAACAACCUGAUUGCAAAAGUGUGUAACUCUUAACAUAAUACUUUGUUGUGGCACAUUAUGAUUUAAAUACAGCGUUUAGUCUUCUUUAGUACGCAUCUAAGGUUUAUUAUAAUUAAUAUGAUUAAAGCAGCAGCAGGAGUUCCUGCCCAGUACUGGUUGCAUCCUCCAUAUGAACUAAGAUGAAGGAAUGGAAGGAGUUUCUUCCAACAAUAACCAGCCUUGACUAAAAACACCAAAAUCCUUUUAGGAGCAUGUGUUGUGGUCUGAUGAAACCCAAAUUAAAUUUUGGGCCUCGAUUCCAAAAGGCGUGUGUUGGCAAAAAAAAACACCACAUAAACAAAUUAACUGCAUGCCCACAGUGAUGCAUGGUGGUGGCAGCAUUAUAGUCUGGAGUUACUCUUCUUCAGAUUAAAUUGCUUUUGUUGUCACCUUUGUUGUGGGAUGAAAUCAUUAAACGUUUCACAGACCAGUCAUUCUUGACCCAAAACCUCAAGUCUGCUAGAAAGCUGAAGGUGGGAUUUUAUUUUUCAGCAUCAUAGUGAGUGCAAAAUAUACAUCCAAAACAACAAAGCAAUGACUUCACCAGAUGUAAAUAUAGGUUUUGGGGAAGCCAGAGUGUAAAUCUGACAGGAAUUCUGUGGGCUCACCUGAAAAUGGCUGUGGACUAGAUGUGUCCUCACAAUCUGAUGCAUUUUGAGAACUUUUGCAAGGUAGAGAUAGCAAAUGUUACCAAUUGAGGAUGUGUUGUGUUGAAUGCCUCCCAUAAAUGAGACUGAAUGCUACAGUUAAAUCAAAAGCUGCAUCAACGUAGUAUUAGUUUCAGGGUGUGCACACCUAUGCAACCAGGUUAUUGUACUUUUUUACUUAUCAAUUUGUUUUUGGUAUAGCAUAUGAUAAACGUCACAUUAAAGGUGGAAAAAGCUUGAAAAAUAUUUAUCAUUUGUUUACAUCACAAACAACAGGGAUGUGUAUAAUUUUUAGAUCCAGUGCACUUUCCCUACAUCACCUUUUGUCGCCCAAUCACAUUGCUGCCUGGUGCAUAUAUGCAAACUAACCAAUGGUUCAUAAAUGGUUUCAUAGCAGCCCAUUAACAUCCAUCAUGGCCACCAUGCUGUCAUACAUGUGUGCUUUGUACCGUGAGGUAUACAGACUGGCUGUAUGAAAUGAAGUGGCUCAACCUCUGUUGGUAUCCUGAAUGUAUAAAUAACAGGAGCUCCUUGGCUCUCCCAGGAAAUGUUCAUUCAUUGAAAACAUGUUUCUGAACAUGUUUCAAGCUACACCCAGAGUUGACUCAAAGUAAUAAUUUCCUUUUUGUACUGCCAAAGGGAAUAUAGGUGACAAUUAAAGCAAUCUGUUGAAACCUUUCUGCUCUCAUUGAAGUGACGCAGAGCCUGUGUUUUAACAACUGCAGCUGGAAAUGAGGAUGAAUCAGACUCUUUCUGUGCAGCAGGAAACCUCAAACUCAAUAACACCCAGACCUGGACUUUGUAGGUUUAAAAAAAAAUCUAGUUUUAUUUAAAUAAGCAACAUCCUGGAUAUUAGCCAUAUUAUUUAAUGUUGUCUGCGGUCAUACAGCUGAAGAAUGCAGUUUUGUUCAAUUAUUUAUUUGCUGUUCUGUUGUUCGUGUUAAAGACCAGCGCCACCAAUAACCUAGAAACCACGGGAACUUUUCCUGACUGCUUCAGAGGUGACUUUGUGUAUUUUUUUAUGUUCAGAUAGGUGUGCGUUGGCUAGCGUAUGAGGCAGAAAGUGCCUUUGAGAUAAUCAAACAUUCCUCCUUCAUAAUGAGCCACCUCGUUUCCCGCAUCGGUUAUUGAACUGUUCUUGUGCCAUCGUUGUCUAUUAAAGACAUGCCUGUUUUUUUUUUCCACUUUUCUUUGCUGUUCAUUCGCACAGUGAUGAAGAUAUCAGGCUAUUCUGUUCGGUGAUAUUUCAAAAAUGUUACUGUUCUGUUUAUUGUGGAUCAAUAAAAAACUAUUUACUUGAAAA